AUGACUGCGAUCGUCCUUCAAGAUAAGGUUGAUUCUCAGCUCAAGUCGCUGGCCCAGGAUUUGCGGUCUUCCAUGGACGAGUAUCUUGCCUUCGAAAAGGGCUCUCUUUUGAAGAACAAGUACAAGUUCCUUUGCAACCUGCAAAAUGGAUCGUUUGGCCAGGUCACAUGUGCAUUAAACGUUUUGGACAAUACCAAAGUUGCCGUCAAGGCUUUGAAGAAGACCAUUCCAGGAACUUCUUUCAUUGCCAGACAUGAGAUUUCUAUCAUGCGCAAGAUAGGAUACCAUGAAAACGUUUGUCAGCUCCUGGAGAGCUUUGAGACCAAGAAGUAUAUCGUCUUGGUUUUGGAAUAUGUUCCUGGUGGCGACUUGUAUGAUGCGAUCCACUCGCAGUCGCCGUUGGGAGUGGAAUUCCAGACAAAUCCCGAUAUGUUCUUGAAGCUGGUGAAUCAGCUGGUGGACGUGAUGAAACAUUCUUACUCGAAAGGAGUCUAUCACAGAGACAUCAAGCCAGAAAACGUUCUACUGAUGAAAGAUGGAAGCAUCAAGCUGUGCGAUUGGGGUCUUGCCACCAACGCCGGCAAAUGCAGAGACUUCAACGUUGGCACCGAGAAGUACAUGGCUCCGGAAGCUCUUCGUGCGCAGGCCGACUGGUACGACGCCAAAGGUGCUGACUCGUGGUCUCUGGCCAUCACUCUGCUGUUCACGUUGUUUGGAAAGUGUCCGUUCCGCAAGGCCGAUAUGAACGACGUGAAUUAUGUGAACUUUUUGCGGUCCAAGGAGUUCUUGUUCGACUACUAUCCGAACAUCAACCAGGUGACGUUCCGGGCUCUUGUGGACAAACUGAUGAUAGAACGCGAUCUUGACUCAGGUUUGCAGUUGCUCAAUCAGGACGGUCCUGUUAAGGGAUUCACUUUGGACCAAGAGUACAAGCUGGAACUGACCAGACGGGCCCACGAGUAUCCGUCUGAGUCCGACGUGACGAUGAUCACGGGCGACGACAUCAUGGGCGGUGAGUUCUUCAUGUUUGACACCGAGCCCGACUACAAGGUUGAGGUUAUGGAGGAGCAGAAACAGGUUUCUUAUGUUUGUCCGUCUGUCCAACCGAUGGACAUCCGGCCGCUGUCCGACUCUGUUGGAACGUCGUACUCGCUGUUUGACUCGCAGGCUCCUCCAUCUCUGACGUUUUCGUACAACACUUUUGACGGGCUGGGCAAGUCCUGGUGCGACGAGUUUGACGAGAUGUGUGGCAUGAAACACAGGAAAUAA